GAGAUCAAGGACCUUGGCAGCAAUCUAUUAGCAAGCUACGGAAGGAGUGAGGGGCUGCUGCUGCUGCUAUGGGGGCGGCGGUCAUGCAUCUGUAGCCGCAUCCUGCAGCCAAAGCACAGGCACAGGAGCAUCCUCCGGCUUGCAGGGGACCAUGGAUGGACUGUAGCAGAUUAUUUCGGGACUGUCAGGCUCCACCUGUGAUCCUCCCCUCCCUCCAGCCGGGGAUGUACAAAUUCCAGGGACCCGGGUGGCUGCAUUCAUGCAUAUUUUAUACGGUCAUGUUUUCCAGCCUGGCAUAGCAGGGCACUGACCCCUGGGCAGCAGUGGGGACGCGGUGUGCGCUGAGGGCUGGGCACCGGUCUAUGGUUGCUGCUGUUAUUACUGGGUGUAUUUCCUGCUUUGGCUCGGUGCUCCCGGACAGAAAUAAAUCAGCUGUGGGUGUAAUAGGACGCUGGGGGGAGCGCAGGGAAGCGGACUCCUCCUUGUGAUCUGGCGGCCAGGUAAUACAGCAGCCCCCUCCAUAGCGGUGCACUGGGGAGGACAACAGCACCAGGGUGGGCAUGUGGUCGGCGACUGGCACAGGGUUUCCAUUUGCCUAAGGCCUGGUGUGUGGACUAGAAGUCAACAACGUGGAGAAUUACAGGAGAUCCAACUACUCCAGGACCAGGAGGGGUAAUUAUUGGGGUCUGUUCCUGCAGCUCCCAGGGAUGAAACUGAAGAAGCAGGUGACUGUGUGUGGAGCGGCCAUCUUUUGUGUGGCCGUCUUCUCUUUGUAUCUUAUGCUAGACAAAGUGCAACACGACCCUCCCAGGAGACAGACCGGAGGCAACUUUCCCAGGAGCCAGAUUUCUGUCCUGCAGAAUCGGAUAGAGCAACUGGAGCAGCUGUUGGAGGAGAACCAUGAAAUCAUCAGCCACAUUAAGGACUCUGUUCUUGAGUUGACAGCAAACGCAGACGGACAGCCCAUCCUUAUUCCGUAUCACACCUCUAAUGGAACCUGGGUCAUUCCGCCAGACCCCCGCCCCAGCUUCUAUUCCAUUUCCCCCCAGGACUGCCAGUUUGCAUUGGCAAAUAAAGGGCAGAAGACAGAUUUGCAGAUGCUGGAUAUUUACACACAGUUGCCUUUUGAUAAUGUGGAUGGAGGGGUAUGGAAACAAGGGUUUGACAUCACAUAUGACCCUGCGGAAUGGGAGACAGAACCACUACAGGUGUUUGUAGUGCCGCAUUCACACAAUGACCCUGGUUGGAUAAAAACAUUUGAUAAAUAUUACUAUGACCAGACUCAGCAUAUCCUGAACAACAUGGUAGUGAAGCUACAAGAGGACCCACGUCGAAGGUUCAUCUGGUCAGAGAUCUCCUUCUUUUCCAAGUGGUGGGACAACAUCAAUUCCCAGAAGAGGGCAGCAGUCCGCAGGUUAGUUGCUAAUGGUCAACUGGAAAUGACCACCGGUGGCUGGGUGAUGCCGGAUGAAGCCAACGCUCACUACUUUGCCAUAAUUGACCAGAUGAUAGAAGGACAUCAGUGGCUGAAGAAAAAUAUUGGCGUUAAUCCAAGGUCAGGAUGGGCAGUGGAUCCUUUUGGACACAGUUCUACCAUGCCUUACCUUUUGAAACGCUCCAACCUAACCAGCAUGCUGAUCCAGCGAGUGCAUUACUCUAUCAAGAAACAUUUUUCAUCAACUCGAAGCCUGGAGUUCAUGUGGAGGCAGACAUGGGACCCAGAUUCCAGCACUGAUAUCUUCUGCCACAUGAUGCCUUUUUAUAGCUAUGAUGUUCCUCACACCUGUGGGCCUGACCCGAAAAUUUGCUGCCAGUUUGAUUUCAGGCGCUUGCCAGGAGGCAGAAUCAAUUGUCCUUGGAAAACACCGCCAAGAGCCAUCACAGAGUCUAAUGUUGCUGAGCGGGCAAAUCUACUGUUGGAUCAGUAUCGGAAGAAGUCCAAGUUGUACCGCAGCAAGGUGGUCCUUGUCCCCUUAGGAGAUGACUUCCGGUAUGACAAGAUCCAGGAGUGGGACGCUCAGUUUUUAAACUAUCAGAAGCUCUUUGAUUACAUGAACUCACAUCCGGAACUUCAUGUUAAAGCUCAGUUUGGAACUUUGUCAGAUUACUUUGACACCCUUUACAAGAAGAUGGGAGUUAAUCCAGGAAUGAAACCUCCAGACUUUCCUGUUCUUACCGGUGAUUUCUUCUCCUAUGCUGACCGCGAGGAUCACUAUUGGACAGGAUAUUACACAUCACGGCCUUUUUACAAGAGCAUGGAUAGAGUGCUAGAGUCACACCUCAGAGGGGCAGAGAUCCUGUACAGUCUGGCCAUCAAUCAUGCAAGGAGAGCUGGCUUGGAAAGCAGAUACCCACUUUCAGAUUAUGCUUUGUUAACCGAUGCCAGGCGCAACCUCGGGCUCUUCCAACACCAUGAUGCCAUCACUGGCACAGCAAAAGAAGCUGUGGUCAUUGACUAUGGUGUACGGUUGCUCCAUUCGCUGAUGAAUUUGAAACGCAUCUUAAUUAAUGCAGCUCACUACCUCGUUGUGGCAGACAAGGAGAAAUAUCACUAUGAUCAUUCUGUGCCGUUCUUCAGCACGGACGACAGCCGGAUGACUCAGGAAACACUGCCAGAGAAGACGGUUAUUAAAUUAGGUACAUCUCCAAGGUAUGUGGUAGUCUUCAACCCAGUGGAACAAAAUCGCUUGUGUGUGGUCUCUCUUCUGGUGAACACACCCCAUGUCCGAGUGCUUACAGAGGAAGGACAGCCAAUGGCUGUCCAGCUUAGUCCAAUAUGGCAGUCUGCAACUGACAUGAACCCUGACGUUUACCAGGUCUCUUUCACAGCCCGGUUGCCAUCUCUUGGACUCAGCAUCUUCCAGCUUUACAUGUCAUUUGACGCGCACACUAACCUUAAAUCCAGUGUCAGUGUAUAUCUCCAUGGAAGGGACCUGACCAUAAAGAAACAGGAUGUAUUUCCAGUCAAGAUCUUGGAGACGAGCACCGACGACUUUUAUCUGGAGAAUCAGUAUAUGCAGGUGUGGUUUUCUGGCACCACUGGUCUGCUGAAGAGUAUUAAACGAGACAAAGAGGAGCAGGAACAGAAGAUUAACAUGGAAUUUCUCAUCUAUGGAACUCGCACAUCCAAGGACAAGAGUGGAGCUUAUCUCUUCUUACCUGAUGGAGACGCCAAGCUGUACACACCCAAAGACCCACCAGUGGUAAGAAUCAUUGAGGGUCCAUUCUUUUCGGAGGUGACUUGCCACUUUCAACAUGUUCAGCAGAUCAUACGACUGUACAAUUUACCAGGAACCGAAGGUCUCUCACUAGACAUCAGUUCAAUGAUUGAUAUCCGUGAUCACGUCAAUAAAGAAAUCGCCAUGCGACUUAGCACCGACAUACAGAGUGGGGACACCUUCUACACUGACCUCAACGGCUUUCAGAUUCUGCCUAGGAAGUUUUUAAAAAAACUCCCACUCCAAGCCAACGUCUACCCAAUGCCGUUGAUGGCAUAUAUCCAGGACGAGCAGAGUAGAUUAACGUUACAUACAGCCCAGGCCCUGGGUGUAUCCAGCCUUAAGAGUGGUCAACUGGAGGUCAUUCUGGACCGCCGCUUGAUGCAGGAUGACAAUCGCGGGCUUGGUCAAGGUUUAAAAGACAACAAGCGCACAUGUAACAGGUUUCGCAUUCUAUUGGAGAAGAGAUCAUCUGGCAAUAAGAGUGCAGGAAGUCAACCAGUCAGCUUCCCAUCUCUUCUCAGUCACAUGACGUCCAUGCACUUGAAUCAUGAGGUGUUAGUGAUGCCUGUUACCAAUGAUAAAGGCGGAGGUCCCGCUCUUAGAUCCUUCCUACCUCUUUCUGCUACCUUACCAUGUGAUCUUCACAUCCUCAAUCUGAGGACUCUGCAGGCUGAGGAUGAUGGAAUACCCUCUCUGGACACUGCACUGAUUUUACACAGAAAAGGGUUUGACUGUGGACUGGAAGCAAAGAAUCUUGGCUUCAACUGCACUACAAGUCAAGGAAAGUUGUUUCUUGGAGGUCUGUUCUUGGGGUUAGAAGUAGGACUCAUGGAACCUACCUCUUUGACAUUGAUGUAUUCCUUAGCCUCCCCUACCAACAACAGCAAUCCAAUGCUCAGCAUGGACCCAAUGGAAAUUUCCACUUACCGCCUGUGCUUCAGCUAACAUCAGUCAAGUGGGACCAAAUAUCCCAUUGCAAGGAACCAAGGACUGGAGCUGAAUGGUUCUUCUACCACUUUACGCUCUGUUUAAGAGCAAUGUGCUUUGGUCUGUAACUUGGAAGACAGACCGCACUGGAAAUGCCCAUAAAGGUACUUGGGACAAGCCAAAAGUAAAGGAAAAUCCUCUGUAUAAACUAGUCAUUGCUAAAGGAGCAAUGCCUUUCAGGGUUGUGUAGCACUCUAGUUAAACACCUAGAUGGGACAUCAAAGAACAGGAGCUAUUUAGGACUUAAAUUGCUUUUUAAAAUAUGUAUUUAUUGACUUUUUAAGCACACCUCUACACCUGAUUCCUGCCACAGUUUGCCUGGUCCUCCACAGAGUAGAAAUGUCACAGCAAUUUCCCCAGUGCCAUUAAAUGCUGCAGACUGGUCAACAGGAAUAUGUUUCAAUGAAGCAAGAGGGAGAUUACCUACUAGAUGGUAGAUUUAAGCCUAGAUAAGUAAUUUUCAGUUUUCUUGGAAUAAUAAUUCUGUCUCAACCAUUGUAAGUAUUCUUCCAUACAUUAUCUGUCUUUUUAUACUGUAGCACAGCAGCAAAGGACUAUGGAAAGAGACUGUUCCGUUAUACAUAUAUAAAUAUUAAACUGUAUAUCUUGUUUCUGCUACUGUGGCCAUAAAUACAGAUCUGAUACUAUACCAGAAA